GGCGACGACGGCGAGGUUGACGAUCGAUGACGGCGCUGUGAGCAAGUAGCUGGAAGCGGAGCGUUUGACAUGCUCAGCGCAGUCUGUGCUCGGACACGUCAGAUCACACAGCACCGCCAAAGUCAGGCGGAGCAUGCACGCCAGCGACUCCGCGGAGGCACACAGAGAAGGCGAUGCGGAGAGGGCUCACGACGGCGCGGGGCACGCCGUGGCCGCUGGAGGUACCCGGCCCAGGGCUCGAGAAAGCAGCGGUGCUCCAGUCGCUCGGUAUACCCAGCCGUCCAAGAUCGGCUGGCGGGGCUCCGUCGGCCUCAUGACCGGUUACCCUGGACACACGCACCCUUCCCGGCUUGAGCGGGAGGGCGCAGACAAGGCUGAGAAGCACCACAGGAGGAGGGGGAGGACGGGGCGGAUGAGGGCACACGGCAGCCGCCUGUGAUCACAGGACAACUGGCGCAGAAGGAACGUCAGCUACACAAGCAUCAGCUUGUGCCGCCUCUUGCUCCUCGAUGCAGGCCGGUCAGCCUCCAAGCUCCAGAAGCGGGGACUCUGAUGAACCAGGACUCUGUCGCACACCAGGAAAAACUGCAGCCGUGCGCCGGAACGUCUUCCACUUCGCUUCCUCCAGCUGGGCCUCGCGGCUCACGGAGCCGACCUCC